CUAUGCAGGUUAAGAUGAAGUUAGUUAACCUGGGACAUGCUCAGAGCGAAGAAACAAGGAUGAAAAUUGGCAUUGGAGUGCGAAUGGGGUGGGAAAGGCGCCGUGAAAAACUGAAGCUGCAGGAAACUUGCUACUUUGAGUGGCAGAAUUUGAUAGCAGAAGCUUCUAGAAAGGGAUUUGUUGGUGAGGAAGAGAAGCAGUGGAACUCCUAUAAGAUCUUGGAUGAACAGCUCGAGCAGGAAUGGUUGGAGAGUGUUGAACAAAGGAGAAAAAUGGCAAGACCGAAAGGUAGCAAGAGAGCACCCAAGUCUCUUGAGCAAAGGAGGAAAAUUUCAGAGGCCAUUUCUGCCAAAUGGGCUGAUCCUGUAAGGGCAUAUGUUGCAUUUUCUGCUGAGAAUGCAUACCGUGACAGGGUUUGCACUGCCCUUCAUAAAUAUCAUGGCACACCAGUUGGAGCAGAAAGGAAGCCAAAGCGAAGGCCAAGAAGCAGUGAGAGACAACCCAGAAUACAGAAUCCCACAAAGAAGAAAGCUAAUGACACUGAUAAUUCCACAGGGAAUGUGACUGAAAGCCAAAAGCGUCGUACUAGGUUAAGAAGUAAUAUGCCCUUAUUUAAGGAUCCUUUGGCAAGCUCCAAACUAGAGAUGAUAAAGAACAUUAGAGCAGAGAGAGCAGCUGCCGAAACCAAGAAGACUGAAGCCAUUGAACGAGCAAAGUUAUUGAUUGCUGAAGCUGAAAAGGCUGCAAAGGCUCUUGAGGCGGCUGCAACAAAGAGCCCUCUCGCUCAAGCUUCCCUCAUCGAAACUAGGAAUCUCAUAGCCGAAGCAAUUCAAUCAAUUCAAUCCAUAGAAAUUGGACAGAUUGAUUCUCAUGGGAAUGGUAGACACCCUUCAAUCGCCUCAGCAGAACUGGUCAACCAGGCUGAGAAGGGAAAUAAUCCAGGUGUUCAAGGUCUGAGCCAAAGAGAUAAUGGAGAAAUCAAUGGUACCCAAACAGUAGAAUCAAGUAAGAGCGAUUAUAACGACUUUGGUUUUGGUAAAUUCAACUUCCAUGAUUUGCUUAAUGGUAAGGAGGAACUUUAUCAAACAAGCAUGAGUGAUUAUGGUUUGCCUCCAUCAGAACUGGAUGGUAUAAUAAAGCAAUGCAGCUUCACUGAGCAGCUGAGUCAGCUUGAACUGAAUGGGAAUGGAGCAGAAUAUCAGUCCAGGAAAGAGGAAACACCACCUAAUUCAAUUCCUGUCGCGAAGAAAUGGGUUCGUGGCAGGCUGGUUGAAGUGGUGGAUGGAGAUUAGGCUAGUGUACAAGAAUGUUGUGAAGUUGGCCGAGUUUUCAUCUGUUAGAAGGUAAAUUGACUUACAGUUCACAUCUUGAUUGUUGUGGCCAUUUUGGCGCGAGAAUGUUGCAGUUUAACCUUGUACAUUGAGGUGCUACUGCAGUUGUCAUGUGAGUUUCAUCAUAUUUAUGGCCAACUACUAUAUGUAUCAUAAUCACAAUUUCCUGGGUUACUAAAAUUCUGGUUGGAAGGAUGGUAUAUUAGUGUAGUUAUUGCUGUAAUGUAUCUUUGCAGUUACAAUUGAAUUAGGUACAUCCAUGUCAUUGUAGAUCCAUAUAAUUUUAUUUUAUUUAUUCUGGUUUUGUAUAAAAUUUUAUUGUAUCCAUGUUCGAGUUAUGGAAGUAAUGGCCUUGCAAAAAGCUCAUUUUAGACUAUAUAA